AAUUUCUGGGCGAAAAAUGCCAUUAUUUUGUUUGUUCCGAAGCAGAAGCCGCUGCUUCAGACUCUCAUCGGAAAAGGGUCAAACCUUGGAAAAUGGAAGAUUUCAGAUCCAAGUCUUACGGCAAUGCGAGGAUACAGAAUCAGAUUGAGCCCUAUUCUUGCUCUGGAACAGCAUCAUCUUCAGCUGGGGUCCGUGACAUGCGAGAUCUUAGGUGUUACAGUGCUUCAUAUGCUUCCUCUGCUGCAAAUUCAACUCAAAGCCAAAUGGGAAACGGUGUGAAUUACAAGUUCAAGAAAGGUAGGUCCACAAACAGUUCUUCCUCUAAGAGCUGGAGUUUUGCUGAUCCUGAGUUGCAGAGGAAGAAGAGGGUUGCUAGUUACAAGGUAUAUGCUGCUGAAGGUAAAUUGAAAGGCUCUCUGAGAAAAAGUUUCAAGUGGCUCAAGGACAAGUACGCCAGAGUUGUCUAUGGACUGUAGCAAGUUUUUAGGAAUCAUCUUGGUGAAGGGUUUGAACUUUGAUUCAGAAAACAAAUGACUGCCCUUUCUCGUUUGCUGGUAGAGCUCAUGGGAUGCAGUAGAGAAAUUGUGAUCGAAGAGUUGGUUCCGGAUCCUGUAGAGUGUAGUCUUCUUGGCCGAUCAUGGUCCAUGGAAAGAAGACACGUUUCUUUUUCUUUUUUUUCCUUGUUCUUUUAAAUUUCCUUUGCUAUGUAUCUAAACUCAAAUAAAUGCAACUUUGUUUUCAUGACAUAUUUCUCAAAAACCGAUGAGCUUAAGCUCAGGAAGGGGCUUCUGUGGUUUCAAAAAUUGCCUAUGGAAACAGAAAUUCCAGUUGCAUCAUCACUCUUGUAGUGGGUUCCACAAAUUUUGUCUGAGCUGGAUUCAUUUCUCUGCAAUUUCUGGAACUAUUGAACCUCACUUGAUGUUAUUUUGUUUAACAUACUACAGUGUCAAUAUGAUUAUAUGAAU